ACUCUGUUCCUCCUUCUACUUUAUGCAGAAAUUGAGGAGAUGUCUUCAGAAGGGACCAUGAGUGUAGUGGGGAGUGAGGUUAUGCCCCUGGAUUACGGGAGCAUGGAUUCGGAGAGCAGUCCGUCUCCCACCAGUUUGGAGAGGACGGUGGAGGAAAGGAGGGAUGAAAGAGUAGUAGAGGAGGAGGAAGAGGAGAUCCCCUCGAAUAUUUUGGAGGCUGGGAGUAGGGUAGAUGGGUGCUAUGACCCGGACUUAGAGGUAGUUUCUGAGGUGAGGGGGUAUGUGAGCGAACUAGGUAGUAGGAGUAGCCUUAGGGGGCUGGUAGGGAACUGUAAACUUCCUCACCAUGUCCUAAUUAGGCCUGCCGGGGUGAAUGAGAGGGCAUGCUUAGCACCCCGAGACCAUUGGAUGCCCCUAAACAUCCAUUAUUUGAUUGCAGGGCUUAGGUUUCCCAUUCCAGAAUUACUGGUUGGGCUAUUAUUAGAUUACAGUAUAGGAAUAACCCAAUCGACCCCAAAUGCCAUAAGGGCUGGGGGUAGGGGGGAGAAGGGGUGGUACUACUUCGGCCCUCGAUCGUCCAGUAAAGGGAAUAAGAGUUUAUUCUCUGCUGGACCGUCAUCCAUCAAAGGAUGGAAAGAAAAAUUCUUCUUUGUGGAUGACACUGAGUGGACUGAUAAGGAUGAGGUGGAAGAGGUUGAGAAGCUGGUGAGGGAGGAGGGAGACGUGGUAGAUAUCAUGUACCUCACCAGUCCAGGGGCAAUAAAGGUUGUAGAGCUCUAUGGGCCAAGCUCAUUGAGCGAAGCUGAAAUGGAUAGUUUUAUAAAUGCGGCUGGAGGAUUGGCUAUCCCAAAGAAGCUAAGGAAAAAGUCAAAGACUUCAACUGCGCCAAGGCCGAAGUCGGUGAUGGGGGGCAGUGAGGAGGCGAGCAAGGAGGUGGCACCGCUCCAGCGGAAGAAAAGGAACGUGGCAGAAACAGAGGUUAGGAGGGAUGAGGUGGUUGAAUUCGUCCCUCGGCCUUCACCACCUGAGAUUGAUCCGAAGCUCAGGGAGAGAGAAGAGGCUGUGGUUCGAGGUCCUGGCAAGGGCAAGGAGCUCCCUCCACCUUCAUACCAGAAAAGUUUGUUCGAGGCAACGAACACGACUGGAGCUAAACAAUUCCUCAACGCCACGCUUCCUGAGGUGGAUAGAAGGCAAGCUAGGCAAGAGGCGGUGAGCCAUUUGGGUGCCCACAUUGUAAGGCACGCCUUGGAGAGUGCGAGCUGGGUCAAUGCUCUUGCGCAGGAGUAUGCGGAGAGCGUAAGAGAUUGUGCCAACUGGCAGAGGCAAUUGCUGCCAUCAGUAACCGAGCUCCAGAGCGAUAAUGAUGUCUUGAGCACGAAGCUCGUUCUCGAAGAACGUAAAAGGAAGAUUUGUGAAGAGAAACUUGAAGCUCAAGACAAGUAUAUAGAGAACAUGAAGAAAGGAGCAGCGAAGCUGAAGAAGAACGUGAAUCUGUUGGUUCACAAUGGGAUGGAGGAGCACAUUGGCUGCUUCCUCAACUCCAGUGUCUUCGAGAACAUCAUCAACCUCUAUUGGCUGCCGAUCGCGAUCGUGGCCUUCACCGACUGUAGAAAAAAGGUGAAAGCCCAGUACCCAGCGGUGGACGUGACGAUGGUCACUUUUGGGGAACAAGAAGAAGGGGUGGAUGAGGAUGGGGCGUACUAUCUUCCCUCCAACCUUGAUGUGGAGCUGGUGGCAGUGGAGGAAGAAGAAGAAGAAGAAGCGAAAGGUGCUGGAGUGGAGAAUGAGGUAGAUCUAGUCGAAGCUCAGCCUCCCGUAGUUCAUCCAGUCUCCUCUGAUGAAGUGCUGCAGCUAGCUCCUCCUGAAGCGGAAGUGCCGCUUCUGCCGGCUGAAGAUAAGCCACUUCCACCACCUCUUCCUGUUGAGGAGCAGCCUCCUCCGUCAGCAGAUUAGAUUAGGAUUUUAUUUUUGUGUGACAGUUGUAAUGAACACUUUUGUACUUGAGAGCUUUAUUAUUUUAUAAAAUGUUUCAAAUCAUCAUUAGUGUUCAAUGUUGGUUUCGAAUUGUUGUGUUAUUUGAAGUGAAUUACCUUGGCCAAAAUAAAAUGACUUUAGUUGG